UGUAGAAAUGUAUGAAAUAGGAUUGAUAAGAUAACGUAUACGCGUGUAAAUUCAUACUUUCGGAAUAAUAACACGUGAUGGUAUAAGAGAGCGACGCGUAAACGUGGACAUUUUUCUUUACAUAUGUUCUGACAUUUCAAAAAGUUUUCACUCGAUCCUUUCGAAAGAUUUACAAAUAAUAGAUUUAGGAAUUUAUUUUUUCUAUGCUUUAUCGAUGUUUUGAAAUUACACAAUUUAUACAAUUAAUUAAAAGAAUUAAGCAUAAACCCCUUCGACCAAACAUCUAAAUUAGUUGGAUUUGCGUGACGUGGACUGACAGCUUAAAUAUAUCGCUAUAGAGGACACAAUUAUUGGAAGAAACUAUUAGGAUGUCAAAAAAAAUCAUAUGUUUAUUUGAUAUAGAUGGCACUUUAACUGAACCAAGACAACCAAUCAAAAGCAAUGUGGAGAAAUUUCUUUUGACCAUUUUAAAAAAAGAUUUUGACAUUGCCGUAGUUAGUGGGUCAGAUUUGAAUAAAAUUAAGGAACAACUUGGUAGUGAAAAUAUAUUUGAGAAAUAUAAAUACAUUUUUGCAGAAAAUGGACUCGUUGCUUUCAGGGAUGGCAAUUUAUUACCGUCACAGACAAUUCAAAAUAUGAUUGGAGAAGAUGCACUACAAGAUGUAAUAAAUUUCUCAUUAAAAUAUGUAUCAGAACUUAAACUACCUUUUAAACGUGGAACUUUCAUAGAGUUUAGAACUGGCAUGCUUAACAUUUCACCGGUCGGACGUAAUUGUACAAAGGAAGAACGUGAACAAUUUUAUGAAUAUGAUAUAGAAAAUCAAGUGCGCCAAAAAUUCAUACAAGCACUUAAGAAAGAGUUUCCUAAUUUGGCCUUGACAUAUAGCAUAGGUGGACAAAUAUCUUUCGAUGUGUUCCCAAUUGGUUGGGAUAAAACGUAUUGUUUAAGACAUAUACAAGGCUAUGAGGAAAUACAUUUUUUUGGUGAUAAAACAACGAUCGGUGGCAAUGAUCAUGAAAUUUAUGAAAGUGAUUUAACUGUUGGACAUCGUGUAACUGGCCCUGAAGAUACAAUUAAUCAACUAAAUAUCCUUACAACUCUUGUUAAAGAGAAUAAGGAAAAGGAACAAAUAGCAAUACCAAUGCAAUGUGUAUAAGUUACACCGUACAAAUUUUUCUUGUAAAUAUUAAGAUGUUAAAUAUUAUGCCAAAUUUUCAAUAUAAAGAAAAUAUUAAUAUCAAAUGGUAGAUUCUUUUCCAAUAUAUUCUCCAUAAACUCUUUCUAUUCUAUUUCAAAAGUGAAUUAUAAUAAAUAAAGAAUUCAUUAA